CGCGCGCUGCCUGGCGCCGCCCGGGCCGCCGCCGCCAUGGCCACGGAGGACGAGAUCAUCCGCAUCGCCAAGAAGAUGGACAAGAUGGUGCAGAAGAAGAACGCGGCUGGAGCUCUUGAUUUGUUGAAGGAGCUUAAGAAUAUUCCCAUGACCCUUGAGUUACUACAGUCUACCAGAAUUGGAAUGUCAGUGAAUGCAAUACGCAAGCAAAGCACAGAUGAAGAGGUUACAUCUUUAGCAAAAUCUCUUAUCAAGUCUUGGAAGAAGCUGUUAGAUGGACCUUCAACUGAUAAAGAUUCUGAAGAAAAGAAGAAGGAGCCUGCAUCUUCCUCACAAAACAGCCCUGAUGCCAGAGAAGAAAGCAGUUCAAGUAGCAAUUCCAGCAGCCGGAAGGAGGAGGGUAGUGCUCCCUCAAAUUCUUUCAUUCCUUCUUUUCCCCGGGCUCCAAGCACUUCAGACUCUGUACGAGUGAAAUGUAGAGAAAUGCUCUCUGCAGCUCUCAGAACAGGAGAUGAUUAUAUUGCUAUUGGUGCUGAUGAAGAAGAGCUGGGUUCUCAAAUUGAAGAAGCUAUUUUUCAAGAAUUAAAAAAUACUGAUAUGAAAUACAAAAAUAGGGUACGAAGUAGGAUAGCGAAUCUCAAGGAUGCAAAGAACCCUAACCUAAGGAAAAAUGUAUUAUGUGGAAACAUUCCUCCUGACAAAUUUGCUAAAAUGACAGCAGAGGAAAUGGCAAGCGAUGAGCUGAAGGAAAUGCGCAAAAAUCUGACCAAAGAAGCUAUCAGAGAGCACCAGAUGGCUAAAACAGGAGGUACCCAAACUGAUCUGUUUACAUGUGGCAAGUGCAAAAAGAAGAACUGUACGUACACCCAGGUUCAAACCCGCAGUGCUGAUGAACCCAUGACAACGUUUGUUGUCUGUAAUGAAUGUGGAAACAGAUGGAAGUUCUGUUAGAAGAAGAAAUUGUCAAGACAUCUGGACCAGUAUGAACGAGGAUUUUGUAAUUAGCUUUAAAAACUAGACUAAGCAUUUAGCUUCCUGCAAAUGAGAGGGUUUUUUGGUUUUUCUUUUCUUUUUGUUUCAAAGCAGCAUACAUGCCUCAAGUUAGCCUUUGUUUUGACACAACCAUCAUUUCCUUAAAUGCCUUCCUAUAGCUGGUAGUCAGUAGGGUCAGGUUGCUCAACUGUAUGGUGAAUUUUAAAAUAUUUUUUCAUUUUUAUAAGUAAGUUGACAUUAAACUUUUACCAGUUAAACAUUUUGGUAAUUGUCUUGUUUUUUUCUAACUAUGUGAAUAAUGUACUGUAUUUUUUGUGGUCUGAAAUAUACACGCUCCUCCUGUGUGUAUUUUGCCUCUCCACAUGUGCUCGGUUGUAAGAAUGAAAUUUAUUUCUCUCUGCUGUGUUCACUUUGCUUUGCAAGCAGAAAAGGUAUAUAAGUUCCUCAUAACAUUAAGCUCAGUUGUUAACUAAUACACAAUUUAAUUAACUCUUUAUUUUGUGUGCUCUUUCUGGACUAGGACUAAAUUUGCAGUCAUGGGGUUUGAAUAUUUAUUAGUGGAAAUGAUGACCUCUUUUGCAAUGGUUGGUUAAGCUUGUUUAUGUAACCAGCUUUGAUCAAUGCAAUAUAUUUUAUUGCCCAAAGCAUGUAUUUUACCUUCUAUCAGCAGGCAUUAUUUCUAAGAAUGUCCUAAAAUAGUGGUUAAAUCUGAUUUGAGUGUUCAGUCUUGCUUAAUGUGCUUGACAACCAACUUGGGCUUAGACUUUGUAAAUAAGCAAAGGCAUUGUGUUGUAGGCUAUCCUAAUAACACCAGCUAAGCAAUUCAUUACAUUAAACUGGCUGGGGAGAUAAUACUAUACUCCCUUCAUUUAAAUGGCAUUGAUUUUGUUCAUGAAAUGAUUUUUUGAAAUGUAGGGUAUCUGGUGUCCAUCAUAGACCUGCAAGUGGGAAUAAAUUAUUAAAAUUAUGAUCUUUUCCAUAUGAGAAAUUAUAUAAAUGCUGCAUUUUUAUAAUUUGCUUUUUAGCAGUGCAUGUUUAGAAUUAUUUGCAAAUGUGUUUUCAAGAAAAAUCAUGUCAACAUCUUUAGAAGAGAUUAAAUUCAUUUAAUCUAAUUUUAUAUUACUUAAUUUGUUAGAGUUUGGGGCUGAGGAGGUCUAUUUUGGCACUGUAUAAAUUAUUCAUGAGGGAAUGGGAAGAGUAUGCACAGCUCCUGGAAAAUAAAUUCCUUGAAUGUAAAGGAAAACCAACUUUUUCUAUGUUGAAUGUUUUUUGUGUGAUAGUGGCAACUGUAACAAAUGAGUUGGAAAUAGUAUGAUGACACUUGAACUUUGGGAGACAAGAACUGUUUGGUUAAUACUUGAUACAGCAGGCUUUUCCAGUCAGCUUAUGCAAGGAAGUGUGGCUUUUCUGCUGAAGGGUAAAAAUUAUUAAAAUAGAAGAAGUUUUGUUGCAGACUAUUUUUUUAAGCAGAAAAUUGCUUAGCAUUUAAAGUUUCUUGAAUAGAUUUUUAUAUAUAAACAUUUUAACUCAACUUAUGCUAAUGCUUUUUAGAAAAUAUUUUUUUCUACUAGCAGCAUAGGUUAAUUUUUAACCUGUAUGUAGGUCCAUUGGCAGGAUUGCUUCCUAAGAGUUACUAAAAGAUGUAAUUUUUUUUUCAAGUUGUUGAGGACGACAAACAAAUUAAAGUUGUUUACUAUCAAUUAGAGUGCUUUGUUUGGGGACCUUUCUAAAAGAACAAGUCCAAGAACUUAUGUUAAAAAUGACAGCAAAUUGGAUGCCAAGUAGACCUAAAUUUCCACAGCUGUUCACAGCAUACAUAUGCAGGGCAGGCAGUGGUUGGUUUGCCUAAGCUUCCUCACACUGUGUGUCCUUUAAUUUUAGUGUCUGAUUGUGACACUUAAAGAAAUAUCUUUUGAGAAAUUGUAAUCUUUUGAGUAAUUGUUUUUCUCUAGUCACCAGAUUAUAUCUGGACUAUAUUAAAAGAACCAGAACUGUGGUAGCACUUUCUGUGAUGCAGGUGUAUCCAAGUGGGAGUUGAAAUAAAAUGUGAUUUCACCUGAUGAUACCUGAGCAGCAGCCCUCAUCCUUCUCUCUUCUGCCCCCAUGGUAAAACGAACUGUUUCUUUUGCCCAGUGAAGGAUGGAGUGCAACAGCUAGAUUCAAAAAUGCAUCUCGUGCAUCUGUUCUCUUCAUGCUUUGUUUUGGUUACCCAAAUCCAAAAAUAAAACUUUCCAGUACUGA